UUUGACUCGAAAACUUCGGUCUCUCCUCCUUGCUCAUCGUUUCCAAUGGCACCGCUAACACAUCGCACUGUUAGGGAUGGCUGGUUCCGGGAGAUUUCGUCACAAUGGCCUGGGCAGGCGAUGACCCUGAAGGUCAAGAAAAUCCUCCACGUCGAAAAGUCUCUCUAUCAGGACGUACUCGUAUUUGAGUCGGAGACCUACGGAAACGUUCUCGUCUUGGAUGGUGUGAUCCAAUGCACUGAGCGUGAUGAAUUCUCCUAUCAAGAGAUGAUCGCCCAUCUCCCUCUUGCCAGUCACCCGAACCCCAAAAAGGUGCUUGUUGUUGGCGGUGGGGACGGGGGCGUUGUGCGUGAGGUUCUCAAGCACAACACCGUGGAGAACGUCGUGCUCUGCGAUAUCGAUGAGGCCGUGAUUCGCGUCUCCAAGCAGUAUCUCCCUCACAUGUCCGCCCUUCUGUCCGACCCACGCGUGACCGUCUUCGUCGGCGAUGGCUUCAAGUUCCUCAAGGAGAACGCCUCGACGUACGAUGUCAUCAUCACCGACUCCUCGGAUCCUGUCGGUCCCGCUGAAUCGCUCUUCCAAAAGCCAUAUUUCCAGCUGCUCUACAAUGCGCUCACGCCAGGCGGACACAUCUCGACCCAGGCUGAGUGCCUCUGGCUGCACCUGCCACUGAUCAAUGAACUGCGCCAGACUACGCGCGAGCUGUUCCCCGUCGCGGAGUACGCAUUCACCACGAUCCCCACGUACCCUUCUGGCCAAAUCGGGUUUCUCGUGUGCUCGAAGGAGGCCGGCCGCAAUGUCAAGGUUCCCGUGCGCAAGGUGAGCCCCACGCGCUACUACAACUCCGAGGUGCACAAGGCAGCGUUUGUCCUUCCCGAGUUUGGGCGUGCGCUGGUGGAGGAGAGGAAGAUCAUCCUGCCGAAGUUGGGCAAGCAGAAUACGGGCAAACCAGCGAAGAAGGUGCUCCUUCUCGGUAGUGGUCUGGUCGCCCGUCCUGCAGCUGAGUAUGUCGUCCGAGAUCCUGCCAACCACCUUACCAUUGCUUGCCGUACCCUUGCCACCGCCCAAAGCCUCGCCGGCGAUCUUCCACGAACCACCGCAAUCGCUCUGGAUGCGACCAACCCGGAGGCUCUUGAACCGGCUGUCGCGGAGCAUGACCUCGUCAUUUCGCUCAUCCCGUACAUUCAUCACGCGUUGGUCAUAAAGGCUGCCAUCAAGGGAAAGACGCAUGUCGUGACAACAAGCUAUGUCAACCCAGCGAUGCGCGAGCUCGAGGAGGAGGCGAAGAAGGCCGGCAUCGUCGUCAUGAACGAGAUCGGCCUUGAUCCCGGCAUCGACCACCUCUACGCCAUCAAGACGAUCGAUGAGGUGCACGCCAAGGGCGGCAAGGUCAAGAAAUUCCUUUCCUACUGUGGUGGCCUGCCCGCCCCUGAAUGCUGCGGCAACCCGCUCGGAUACAAGUUCUCGUGGUCCGCACGCGGUGCCCUGCUCGCCCUGCUGAACUCAGCGUCGUUCCUCGCGGAUGGGCAGCAGGUGAACAUCGACGGCAAGGACCUGAUGGCGCAUGCGAAGCCAUACUUUAUCACUCCUGCGUACGCAUACGUUGCGUACCCGAACCGCAACUCGCUUCCGUUCCGAGAGUGGUAUCGCAUCCCAGAGGCAGAGACGGUCAUCCGCGGCACGCUGCGCUAUCAGGGCUUCCCCGAGUUCGUGAAGGCACUCGUGCAGCUUGGCUGGCUAGAUAUGAGCCCGAAGGAGUGGCUGAAUGACAGUCUGACGUGGGCAGAGGUUAUGCAGAAGACUAUUCGCGCCAGCGAUGCUAGUGAAAGUACUCUCAUUAAGCGCGUUAAGGAGCUCUGCUCGUUCCCUGAUGAGUCCGAGAGUAACCGCAUCAUCUCGGGCCUGAAGUGGAUUGGACUUUUCUCGUCAGAAAAGGUUCAGCCGCGUGAUGCCAACCUGCUCGACACCCUCUGCGCUCAGCUUGAGAAGCUAAUGAAAUACGAGGAGGGAGAGCGGGACCUCGUCAUCCUCCAGCACAAGUUCUUCGUCGAGUGGGCGGAUGGCAAGCAGGACACGAUCACCUCUACGUUGGAGGCGUAUGGUGUACCAUUCGGCGAUUCGGCGAUGGCGACGACCGUCGGCGUCCCUUGUGGUAUUGCUGUGCAGCUCGUGCUCGACGGUGUGCUCAGCAAGCCCGGUGUGCACGCGCCGUACACGAAGGAGAUUUGCGACCCCAUUCGCAAGCUACUCGAGGAGGAGGGUCUGGGGAUGGUUGAGAAGGUGCUUUGAGGACGUGCUGCAGCGGUUUAUGACAAACCAAAAAAAGCAGACUGAGUGUCCUGAUGUGGUAUGAUCUCUUCCGAAAGAAACGGUCUACAAAUGUGAGUCGGCGUGCAGGAGCGGAGCAUGCUUGAAGUGGCAGCGGCCGCGCGAGUCAUACCGUUAAGACCAUGUCGUACAUGAAGCUUGCGUGAUAGAACACAGUUGCUAUUCUUCCCGGGAGCACGAUAACAAGGUAGCGAGUGAAUAUGUGGACCUUUCGUGAGAUGGAGCUCGCCCAUAUGACUCUGCGCAUGCUGUUGUGCAAGUACAACGCUGUCAAUGAGAACGUUGGAUACGCAUGUUGUCGGCUGAUGGAUGUGCUUCUUGUAGAGAUGGUUCAGCAGAGAGAAAUUAAUUUGACAGACUUGACGACUAUUCCUUUUGCUGGACAGCCGGU